CGCGAAAUAUCAAGUGAUAUCCCGGAUAUAUAUAUAUACAUAAAUAUAUAUAUAUAUGUAUAUGUAUAUAUAUCCAAUAGUGCGAAACAAUUAGAUCGGGUUGCCGGUCUAUCUGAUGUCGAGUGUUCGAUCUUGGGUGUUACGUCUUAGGUGUCGGAACAACGACAAGUGUCGAAAAUUAAAAUUUUCACCGGGAAAAAAGGGCAGGACAAAAUUAGCUAAUUAAUUGCAAUCGGUGGUGUUAGUCCCUUAGGUCAACCCUACGGAUUUCGCGGUCCGGUGAUAGUGACAGUUGCCGAACGUGAGAGUGUUUCAGUUCGAAUAUAACCACAAAGUCUCUCGGAGAGAGAAACGAGGUCCUUGUUCUUCUCAUUCUUCUGGUUCCGCUCGGAAAACCGAUCUAUGUACCUGAAGGGGCGUAUCCCUAGAGAGAAUAUACCGGAUAUCUAAGCGAUCGGAAUGCUACUGUGGUAGUAAAGGUCGGUGAUCAGGUGUGCGCGUGAGAGCAGGAAAAGGGAAAAGGGAAGAUAAGAUCGGGGGUGAGAACGCUCUGGGGUGGGUGGUAAAAGUGUAAGCACAAGCACGAGACGGGGCUUGGGGGAACGAAACGGUGUACCUAGCCGGUCGUGUGGCAUGAUCGGGAGAAAAUAUUGAAAGGCAGGAUGCUCACGAUACAGCGCUCGGAAUUGCUAAGAGGGAGCGAAGGCUGCAACCCUCCCGGCUCGCAUUUACUACCCCCCGUUGUGCCCAGGGCUUCCGUCCCCGAGUCCGCCGAGAGGAGCGUCUCCUUCAAUCGAGACGUCCACGUGAAGAGGAUCGGACGUGGUGCACCGCGCGUAACCGCGGCUCUCGUGGGCGAUGGAGAAGGUAGGUUGAUCGCCACCCCGGUCCGCAAGGAGAGCAUCGCCACGAGGAGCAAGGAGGAUCUCGUCCAGGAGGCGGCCCUAGUCCUGCAGCAAGCGGACAGCCUUCAGUGCGUGGCACACGACAAUCGACGGCUGCCCGGUCGCUUCAGCACCCUGCCGGCGCGUCGUAACAAGAAACGCCCCGAUCUGCCAAUCGAUGUGAGACCUCGUCGCGGUAGCGAAGAUAUCAGCGCUACGACCACCAACGCGGAUUUCGGCACACCGCGGGCGAAGAAGAAACCACUGGAGAGGAGCGUCAGCGAUGUCAGCGCGAAGAAGCUGAAGAGUUCGCUCGCGCGAUUCUUCUCGCCGAAUUUAGAGAAGCGUCGGAAGCCGGUCGGACGAAGCGCGAGCGACGCGGGCUCCUGGCCGCGCAACGGUGCGCAGCGCAAACGGAGCGGCAGUGAGAGCGAGGGCUCGCACCUGAGCACCAUCAGUCAGCGGGCGAAGAAGCAGCUCUCGCCGAUAAUCGAGUCGUCGCCGCACGUCGAUCAACAGCCGUUCCACUUUGGCACCGCGAGAGCCGAUCGCGAAAACAACAAUCGACCGGAGCCGAAGGAGGAGCCGAAAAAACAAGAGGAGCGGACGAGCCCGGCUAUCGAUGUCGACGAAGUGAUAUCGCGAGACAUCGAGGCGACAGGGACGAUCGAGGGUACAACGACCGACGAGCCUGCUGGUAGAUCAUCCAGCCGAGAGGCCAGAGUGAUCGAGCAUCACAUAUUCGUCGAGGGUAGAGACGACGAAGAAAAGACGAAAGCCGAUCGGAAAUCCGCGGGAAAAACCAGCCGAACCCCCUCGCCACCGAAAGAAUCGAAACGCGGGAGAGACGAGGUCGACGAAGCGAGCACGUAUAGCAUGCUACAUAAUAGCCGCUACGAUCUUAAGAAGCGCAACGAAGAGUCCACCAUUCACAAGAUGAUUCAUCGAUUGUCCAACGAUCGUUCGCCACCGCCGCAGCUGACCAGAACAAUGGUAUCACCGUCGCCGGGAUUCGGUCACAACAACAACCGACCGUUCUCUUACACAAGACCAAACGAGUCCUGCAGCCCGCCGCCGCCGGUGCAGACCAACGUAAUCUACGCUCAGGUGCAGCCGGACAAGAAGAAGGCCCAGCGGAGUCACUCCGACAGCGACGAGGGCCUCGGUCUCGAGAGGAAGGAUUCCUCCCGCGAGAACAGUCCCGCGGAGAAGGAAUACCGCAGGGCCGAUUACUCAUACAGCAAUGAUCUGCGUCGCAACAACGAAAUCAACACCUUCAAGUCGAGGUACGAGGAAGACCGUAAGAACGGCAGUCCCUUCGGCAAACACUUGAGCAGCCCCAAGGAUUUUAUCUCUAGGACCACCGAGACCACGAGGCGCCACGAGUUCGACGAGAUCGAUAGGCGUCUCUAUGACAAACCUGAAAAGUACACCUCGACCGUGUUCGUGGACACCUCCGGUCGAGGAAGAGCUGAUGGCAUGGACGCCAGGCGAAGGGACAGCGGCGAGAGCGGAAUCUCGCAGAAAACGUCCGAAUUGAGCGCUCGACGGGAUCUACUGGAAUCCAGGAUCAAGUCCAGACUGCUGGCCGACGAGAUGUUCGCCGCUAAAAAUAGCGCGAACGUGCCGGUGAAGAAAUCGAGCGAGCACGAGAUAAUCGACAAGCCGAUAGUGCCGUCGCCGGUCACGCCGAAUCGGAUCGCGUCACCUAAACGAUACAUGGACACCUACAUCACGGAGAAACGCACCAACAGCAACGGCGAGAAGUACAUCUUCGAAAAGGAAAUACACGAAGACAACGGCAAGGUGUACGGCUACGAGAAGAAGAUCACCAAUAAAAUCCCGACGAACGGCUACCUCGAUCCGAAACCGAGGGACGGCUAUACCGUGGAGACCAGGACGGACAAAUACGGCGACAAGUACAUCGUGGAAACGCGAACGCACGAGGGAUACACCGACGAAUUCAAGCCGUUCCUCAGCGAUCGAAGUCGAACCAGUCCCGAGGAGAAAUUGCAAACCGUCAGAAACGGCGGUGCAAGCCCCUACAAGCCUCCGCACUAUCUGUCCGAGGGGGCCUCGACAACGACAAAUCACUUUCGCAGUGAGUCACGGGAGAACGACGAGUUGUCGUCGCCGAUCAUCGCCAAGAAAUUGAACGAGCGCAAAUUCUCGAAGAGCGACGACUUUCUCGACCGCGACAGCCGGCCGAUCAAUCGAGAUGCGUAUCUGCCGAAGACAAAAAAGCCCUUCGAGUCGAUUCGCGGGAUGAGCAAGUCGACGCAACGAUUGGACGAGGUUGGCGAGAACGCGAGGGUGCGAGCGCUCAGGAGCGAAUACACCACGAGGUCGCACGAGAAUCUGAGCAGCCGCGUAGGUUACGCUAAUACGCGCGACAUGAGGCGUCCUACCGCGUUGCUGGACAGCCCGACGAUGAACGGGCGCAGGGAGAGAUCGCCGUUCGCGAAGCGUCACCUGGACAGCCUGCGCGAGGGCCCGAACGACGACUACGACACCGAUAUCUCGCAGAUGACCAGCAGUCAGCUGGAAUCCAAAUACUACAAGGAGACACGCACCACGAGGUACACGAGCGGCAACAAACAUCCGAUUCAUGACGAUUACGACAGCUCGCCGCCACGGAUACGCACCGAUCGCGGCGGUUACAAUUCCAGCCGAUACGAUUCGGACACCACCGCACGGGACUCGAUACGUUGCGAAACCCGUUACGACGAGACGCGCACGUUGAGGAAGGAGCACCGCAAGCUGGACGAUGAUCCGAAGAAACCGUUGAGGCGAUCGCGCAAUCGGCUGGAUUACUUCGACGAUUCCGACAGUCCGCGGGGAAAGGUGUCCUCGGUCAGUCGAUUGGAAACGUUCGCCGAGGCCCCGACCAGACCGCCAAGGACCUACCAUGAGGGCAAGUCGAGGCACGCGAGGCAGGAAGUGCGAGGACACAGCGAGCGACGUCAUCGCGAGACCAGGCUGAGUGACCCGGAUAGAAAGGAUCGGCUGGCCGAUUCCGGGAUCGAGAAUGAUUACAGAAGGGACUCGCAGGAAGCGGACAGGCGCGAGCAGCUCGAGUCCGAGGACGAGGGCUUCGUUAGCCGGCAGUUUAUCAAGCACGAGCGACGGCAUACCGAUCGCAACAUGAAUCUGACGCCGACGUCCGAGCAACGCAAGUACGACAAGUACGCGAGCGAUUCGUCGUCCAAGCCGCCGUUGGUCACCGCGAAACCGCCUUCCGGCGCCGCCGAUAAGAAGUACGAAAAAAAGGCGGCGAAAAAGAGCGGCACCAUGAGCAAAGUCAAGCAGCUGUUCAGCAAAAAGGAGAAGAAGGCGAAGGAGGAGAAGAGCAAGAAGAGCGCGAGGGGCGGCAGCAGCGGCGCCUUGACCGACGACGAGGUGACCAUGAGGUAUCGAGAGUAUCGCGGGUAUCAGCUGAGGAGCGCCAAGAGCGCACGGGAUUUGGGCAGCGACAUCAAUCAGGAGGAUUAUAGUCAACGUAGACGCUUAUCGACACCAAGCGGCAGCCCGAGCCCUCCACGACCGACUAGACUCUCAAGAUCCACCGGCACUCUAACCAGAGAGGAAGAGUCCUUCUGCGAGUCCAGCAACACCCUGACCAGGGACAACCAGGGCCAAGAGGCGGAGAGGAAGGGCUGGUUCAAGUCCCUCUCGAGGAAGAACAAAUCCAACGCCACACCGGUGGAUAAAAAGCCGAGAAUACCCGAGAGCGAGAUCUUGACGACCGGCACCGAGGAUGAGGAAGCUUCCUCUGCGCCUGAACGAGUUUCCGUGCAAAAGAAUCUCCGCUUCUUCGGCGAUACGGAUCAGGAGUCCGUCUCGUCCAACAGAGACCGCAGAAACAAACGAGUUGACGACCACACCCGCGUGAGGCGUGAUGUCACGAAUUCGAACCGCCAUAAUUUGGGUAUCAUAUCAGCCCCAAGGAAAUCUUCGAGACUCGCUGAAAGCGCAUUGUCUUCGGGCGAGAGUACAACGGGCGAUAGCAGUCAGCAAAGUCAAAACUCUCAGAGAUCGCAAAGAUCUGUCGUGUAUCUCCAUGCUGCUACAGUCGGCGAAAUACCAGGUCCGAACGAACGACGCCGGGCGGCGAGUCGCGAGGAGUUAAAUCGACCGUUGCAAUCGCACACGAGAACAGUGUCGAGGAGCGUGAGCGUCCUUGCUCCGUGGAAGCCACGACAUUAUAGGGAACCGUUUGAGAUCAAUUACGAUCAGCAACAACACGCGAAACCAAUCGCGACCAUGAGACGCAGGCAACGAAGCCGCGAAACCCUCAGUCGCCGAGGAAAGGAAGCUCGGCGAAGCAAGGAUAAUCUUUCUAAGACAAGUACGAUCAAUCGCAGCACGCUAAAAUCGAAGGACAAACAGAAAGUGGAUAGAACUGUCUCCACGGAAUCGCUGGCCACCAAAUCGCGAGGCAUCGGCUCCAAGGUAGAGCUGAAUAGAUCCACGUCCGUGCCCCGUGACCCGAACAAGAGCGCGGGAUGGUUCAAACUAAAGAGCAAGAAGUCCCGCGCCUGAAUUGGGCGGCCAUUGAUCAAUACUAGUCUUGAGUUUCAUAAGUGUAAUUCGUAAUUUUAUAAGCGAUAAUUAAUAGGCGUCGAUAUCCGACGCGCGUUAAUUAACGACGCGACUUAUCGAUAAUAUAUCCCGUUCUCCAAUAUACCUUAUAACAUACACGUCGCGCGACUGUCGAUCGCGACCGCGCGGAUUUUUAUAAUUUUUUCUAACAGAGUAGCAUAUGAUUACGGCAACAACGUCUAAAAUAAUUGCUGUCAGCACACAUUGAUCGAUUUCAUGAAUUUAUAAAAUUUCUAUGUUACCUAAGACGUUUUUAAUUCCCACAUAAAUAGAUAUAUGUAUCUAUACGUAACAAAAUAAAACAAUUAUCCAAAUAAACAUAGGCACACGCGAAGAAGCUUCGAAGCUCAAUUACUCGUCAAAUUAAUACUGUUAUACUUUUCGCGCAUUAAAUAAAUAACAUUCUUUGUAACAAAAAAGAUUACAAAAGAAUAUGAUCGAAUGUAAACUCUUGAGAGGUAUAAUAUUAAAUAUAAAGUGUAUUCUAGAGUGAGAACCAAUUAAAUAUAUCAAAUAUGUAUUAUUUUAAUAGCUUUCUCUCUGCCAAAUUUAACUGAUUAAAUUUGCUGCGAAUGA